AUGGGCGCGAACUUGGGAGCGAAAAUCGCCGGAAUCGGUGCCGGGUUGAAGAAAGAUGCCAACUUCUCCCGCGUCGGCUCGGGGGCCAAGAUUGGAGUGAGGACUCUCCGUGCUGGCACGGGUCGCUACUUCCUCAACAAGGUUCCCGUCUUCAUCUGGAUCUCAUCGUACGUGCCCGCCUGGCUCCUGGGGGAUUUGGUCGCCGGUGUGUCGGUUGGGCUCGUCAUGUUCCCCCAGGCCCUCAUGUACUCGGCCUUGGCUGGUGUUCCUAUCCAGAUUGCACUCACCUCGUGUUGGCUGCCGAACAUUCUUUACGCCGUGAUGGGAACUUCGAAAGAUGUCUCCUUCGGGCCCAUGUUCUUCCCCUCCAUCAUCAUCGGCGGCAUCAACACCGCCAUGCCCAAGCCCGGCCCGCCCCCCGCCCUGGUCGCCGCCGUCCUCUCGCUCUGCGCCGGCAUCUGGUCCGCCCUCUUCGGCUUCCUCAACCUUGGCUUCCUCUUCGACGCGCUCUCGGUCCCCAUUGUGCUGGGCUUCGGCUGCGGCAUGGGCAUCAUGGCCUACAUGGCUCAGGUUCCGCUCCUCUUCGGCAUGGUCGGCGUCAGUCCCAUGCUCUCCCACCUCACCGGCGAAUUCAUCGCCAACCUGCCCAAGACGAACCCCUUCGCCGUCGCUCUCGGCUUCGGCACCAUCGUCUUCCUCGUCGUGCUGCAGAAGGUCCAGAAGAAGCUCGGCGCCAAGAACGAGAUCGUCCGCCUCGUCACGAGCAACCGCAACCUCUUCAUCCUGCUGCUCACGCCCUGGAUCACGUACAUGGUCAACAAAGACCGCGGCGACAAGCCGCUGUGGGUGUCCGUGUCGCCCGUCGAGACGGAGGUCUCCUUCGUCCAGGGCAUGAGCUUCGAUCUCAUCAAGUCGCUCUUCUUCCCGAGCUUCAUGGUCUGGUUCGGCAUCGCCCUCGAGCACAUCCUCGUCGCGAAGGGCCUGGGGCGCAUGCGCGGCUACAAGGUCGACCCCAGCCAGGAACUCGUCCACCUCGGCAUCUCCAACAUUGCAAACUCCUUCAUGGGCGGACUGCCAGUCGGCGGCGGCGACAUCACCCGCGCCAGCGUGGCCGCAACCUCGGGCGUCAGGAGCCCCAUCUCCGCGCUCUUCGUCGCGGGAAUCGUCGCUGCCGGCAUGUACCCCCUGAGCAGCUUCAUCGAGUACAUCCCCCUCCCCGCCGUCGCGGCCAUCAUCAUCGUCGCCGUCAUCGACACCAUGCCCUCGCCGGGCGGGAUGGGCAAGUACUGGGCGUGGUCCUUCGCCGACUUCAUCACCUUCCUCCUGACCUUCAACGGCGCGUUGAUGGCGACGCCCCAGAUCGGCUUCGAGCUCGGCGCCGGCGUCCUGGUUAUCUACACGCUCUGCCGCUUCAUGAGCUCCCGCCCCAAAGUCAUGCUGGGCGUGGACCUCGAGGGUCAGCCGGGUGUGUUCUCGCUGCCGUGCUGGGAGGCCGGGGAGAAUGUGCCGCCUGGCGUGUGCGUCCUGUCCCUCGAGAGCGAUCUGAUGUACGCCAACGCCGAGGGGGUGCGGAACCGCAUCGUCGACACCGCCAUGAUCUGGCACGCCUCCGUGCCGUCGACUGUCAACAAGAACGACCGCGCCUGGAGCGACUGCCGUGACAAGCGCGUGGAGUACCUGCGAAAGCGCGCCAACCUGACGCAGCCGGAGUACCUGCUCCCGGCCCUUCGACUCGUCAUCAUCGACAUGACCAAGGCGCCCUUUAUCGAUGCGUCCGGUCUCCACGCGAUUGAGGAUGCGAAGGCUGAGCUGCGGGCUUUUGCGGGUAGCGGCGUCGAGUUCCGGUUUGUGGGGGUGAGCGAUGCGGUGAAGCGCAGGUUCGAGCGCGCGGGCUGGAAGAUUGCUUCUCCCUACGAUGACGAUCAAGAGCAGCAACAGGAGCAGCAGCAGCCCGAGGGCGAAGAGGUUGCUCUCCCUGAUUACAUCUUUGACCAUUUGCCCACUGCUAUUCGGACGCCCACGAGGGCAAGGAAUGUCCCGGAUCAGGUACCCCUGACGCAGAUGCAGUCAUGGGAGGGAGAUGAUUACAGCUUUCAGAAGGGGCACACCAUGUAA